CAGGAACUAGACUACCUCAGCACCUCGACGUCCUGCUGCGGUACUGCCUCACUCUGUUUCUCCUGCCCUGGCCGGCAACCACCUCCCGAGCCUUGGUCCCUCUGCCACCUCCCUAACCUCACACAAGAUCCCUGAUAUUUUUCAUAGGUGGCUAAAGGCUUCACACGUCCUCACCGUAGCUUCCGCCCACCAGCCUGACACACACGCCUAUACACAGUGUCAUCCGGCGUCCCACCAGUUUGAACUACCCAUGCACCAAGCGACAGUAUUUUUGUUUGAUGGAUCAAGCUUAAAUUGGCCGGUGCAUCACGGGAGUCCCUUCAGGUGGCUCUGUAAAUGGACGGGAAGAACAAUAUUGUUUUUGUUAGCCCGCUUGACGCUCCGGCUGACAGGUCUCAGGCGACGUGCUCCUGCAGUGUUUUCUCCUCGGUGGGCCACACAGGUCCUGACCGAGACAGUGGCAGUGUUGGGUAUGACGACAUCAUACAUAGCCUUUUAGUGUACAGUCACAGCUCGGAGAAAAAUAGUGUGCUUCAUCAUAGUGUGUGAGAACUACGGUGUGAAUCAAGGCACGUGUGCUGAUGCAAAGUCUCAAAUUAGCAUCAUUCCUGGGCAUUGACAACGUUGCGCCAUAGUGGCAGAGGUAAGAGAUCGAGCAGGAAAUUCCUUGACAAGUAAAGCAGCGUCGGGGUUGUUUACAAGCCUUCAGUGAGUGUGGAGUGCAUGAGGAACGAUGCGGCACCCACACUCUGGCCUUCCGGACCUGCUGACCAAGCCACCCACAGAGCCUUAAUCAGACUGCUGGAGCAGAGUUAGAGCCUCAUUCUGGUAAACCACAACUAAGCCAGGAAAUACACAGAUGAAUACUCGUUUCGUGAGAAAAUACAACUUGAGUCAGAGAAAAAUAUUCGUGGUGUGAAGAGGGAAUUGGAUCGAGAAGGGAGAGUGUGAAGUUAUUGUGAAACGGAAAAGUCUGAGGUGAUGCUCGCAGUGAUGGAAUCCGGGUUGCGAAGGAAAUCCAUGUGGGACACGCUGCCCAUGGACCUGCAGUGUCUGUCUCUGCCGUGCAUGUCCGACGAGGCCCUUCACGGCUCCUACCGACGCUCACGCACGACCAUCGACAAGCUGCCGGACAAGGUUCUACUGAGGAUCUUCUCGUAUCUGUCGCACCGGGAGAUCAUCAACAAUGCCUUCGUGUGCAAGCGGUGGCGCACCAUCUCCUACAACACCCAGCUGUGGGACUCCGUGUCCUUCCGGCCUGACCGCCAGGGAUUGUGCGUCAGCAGCAUCGACACGCUGCUCUACCUUAUCGGCGCACGGUUCGGCGCCUCGCUGCGCCACCUGGAGAUGCCCAUGGACGUGAUCACCCACCCGGUGCUGCACGAGCUGGCCGCCAAGUGUCCCAACCUCACCAGCAUGAUCCUUGACUUUUCCACCGCCAUGCAGCUCCACGACUUCAACGACAUGCAGGCGUUUCCGACCAGGCUGCGAACGAUGUGCAUUUGUCUGUCUGAGGUCAUCUUCAUGGAGGGUUUCAUGCGCAAGAUCUACAACUUCAUCAACGGCCUCGAGGUGUUGCAUCUCGUGGGCACGUAUGAGAAGGCGGACGAGGAGGAGGAAGAGAUCUACGAGGUGAUCAACGUGCACAAGCUGAAGUCUGCCACUCCCAAUCUGAAGGUGGUGAAUCUGUACGGCAUUAACUUCGUUGACGACUCGCACAUUGAGGCCUUCAGCUCCAACUGCAUCCAGCUCGAGUGUUUGGCCGUGAACUUCUGCGCCAAAGUGAACGGCUCGUCCCUCAAGAUCCUGCUGAGUCGAUGCAAGAAGCUCAAGUGUCUCCUGAUGCAGCAGUGCAGUCUGCAGAACGACCAGGUAAUGGCCGCCGAGUGGGAAAAGUCCGCUGUGCAGGAGCUGGAUGUGACUGCAACGGACAUCUCCACUGACUGCCUCGUUGACCUGCUGACGCGUAUCCCCUCCCUGCGGUGGCUCAGUGCUGGCCAGCUUGACGGAUUCACUGAUGCUGUACUGAAGGCGUGGACGGAGCGAGGCAACGUCAAGAACCUCAUCGCUCUCGACCUGGACCUGUGUGACAACCUGACGGAGGAGGCACUGUACAAGUUCCUGGCUCGUUACGGUUCCAACCUGCGAGGCCUCGUGUUGUCCGGCAUCCCGCAGUGCACCGACUCCCUUUGCAGCAACGUUAUGCCCGCCCUGAAGAACAUUAUGAUUCUCCGUCUGGGGUUGUCUGAGGCCCUCUCCUACCGUCUCAUGGGUAAGAUACAUGUUGACGGUCUCCUUGAUAACUUCGCCAACUACGCCCAGAACCUCGAGCGUCUGGAGAUGUCCUGGGAUCCCGACAGUCUGCGCUUCUCCGAUAAGAGCCAGAAAGCCAUUGACACCAUGAGAGUUCGUUGCCUCAGACUGAAGUGCCUCGUGCUGGCGGACGGAAAAUACUAUGAGAUCGUCAAGGCGAACUACGAGAGAGCAGAUCGCACCACGG